AUGCAUAGGCGGAACAACUCGGACGGCAACACCCUCACAUCCGCCCCUUUGAAUACGUAUGCGCCACCACCAAUCAUGGUUGUCCCGGCAGCAUCAUCCGACAUGCGCAUCCCCAACUUCUCGCGACGUCCCGUAGCACUCGGCGAAAUUCAGACGAACAAGGUCGAUACGGUAGCUUCUCGAUCGCACAGUCGGUCCCCAAGCAAGCAGCAUAGCAUAUCCAUCCCACCAUCUCCAACGAAGUCAUUUGGGUCUAUCUCGCUGAGAUCGCCUAUCUCGAAAGGCUUCGAAAAGAAGCAGAAGGAGGCCGAUUCUCAGACUACACCCAAGAAGACCAAGUCGUCCACCAACUUGGCUUCGCUCCUGGGACGACCCAAGACCUUGCGGAAUCUUCACAAGCUGGCCAGCUCCGACGAUGUCCGCUUUCGGAAGGACAAGGAGAACCAGACCCCUUCAGGUUCGGUGACGCCAUCGCAGGACGAAGUGCGCCCGCCCAUCUACGCGCAGUUCUCUAGCGGAGCGCUGGAGAAGCAGAAAGGGUUCAGUCUCUUUGGCCAUGGAAAUACCUCUGCGAGCGAUGUCGCGAGCGACAAAUCGAAGAAACCGCGGCCCAAGUCAUAUCACGCACAAUACGUUGCCAAGUCGGAGAACAACCAAGCGCCAGAACCCAAAUCCGGGCAUGGUAGUGCCAGAUUCUCGCCGUCUAAGACACAGCGUGGACUGAGCCUCUUCACCAACGGAUUGAGUUCGAAGCAGAAAGCGGUAUCGGUGGAGGUGACUGAGCCGAAGCUUGACCACAAGGAUAUCGACAAGCACCUGGAAGCUAUGCUUGACCGGAGGAAUAUCCCCGAGAACCAGCGGUACAAGAUGCGGAAUCUUGCCGACACCAUCAAGAUGGAGUUCAUUCGGCAGGAUUGGGCAGAAAGCCAUUCAAAGCUCAGCCGACCAACCACCAAUGACAGCGACUCGAGCACGAUCGAUAGCCGGGACAAGGAAGACAGCAAGGCCGUCAAGCGGUCUCGACACAGGAGCUUCACUUUGGGCAGGGGCAGUGGAAAGAAGUCGGAGCCCAGCACGCCGGCCAAGAAGAAGAGUGACGCGACCAUAGGACGGCACUUCCGGAGCAAGUCAGUCGAAAGCGUUUCAAGCGAGCGACCACCCUCGGCGGGCUCGGGCUCCGGAACCGGGACUGGCAUUCUCGCCAAGAUGAAACUGCAACAGGGACCCGUGGACUAUGUGAAUUAUCUGCGCAAGGUGCGGAAGCCCGAGCUGGUUGAGGUGGGCAAGCUGCACAAGCUGCGACUUUUGUUGCGCAACGAGACUGUCGCCUGGACUGAAGACUUCAUUCGUCAGGGUGGCAUGGAAGAGAUGGUCGGGCUGCUACACCGAAUCAUGGAGGUUGAAUGGAGGGAGGAACACGAAGAUGCGCUGCUCCACGAGAACCUGCUCUGCCUGAAGGCCCUCUGCACCAUCUCCCUGGCGAUGCAGUACCUACACUCGAUUCAAGGAACCCUGUUCCCGGCAUUGCUCCACAUGCUCUUCGACCCGGAGAAGAAGGGGCCCAGCGAGUUCACUACCCGUAACAUUAUCACCUCCAUGUUGUUCACUUAUAUCCAGUCAGCCAGUCCCCAAGACCGCCUGAUCCGUGCCAGAACUGUGCUUGGCCACCUCCGCGACCCAGAGCCCAAGGAAGAGGAACGACCAGUGGGGUUCGUGCUGGACAUGCGCCGCGAGCGCCCCUAUCGGGUUUGGUGCAAGGAAGCUGUGAGCGUCACCAAGGAGGUCUUCUGGAUCUUCUUGCACCACCUCAACGUUGUCUACCUUCCACGCGACAAGGACCGCAAUGAGUCGGUGUACAACGCCAUAGCGGCUGAUAGUCAGUCGUACCUCAAGGCCCAUUUUCCCCAGGAGCGCCCACCGGUGCCGGCCGCACCUUACGUUGGCGGCGUCGAAUGGGAUGCCACGAACUAUCUUGCCUCGCACCUGGAUUUACUGAACGCCAUUAUUGCCUGCACGCCCACGGCUGAGGAACGGAACAACUUGCGAAGUCAGAUGCGCAUCUCGGGCUGGGAGCGCUGCAUGGGUGGCAGUCUGCGCUUGUGCAAGGAGAAGUUCUACCCCGGCGUCCACGACGCCCUGCGAACCUGGGUUGCCGCAGCGGCCGAAGAUAGCUGGGAAGUGCGCGAUGUACGAUACGGCCCGCCGGCGGAGCCCAAGAGCCCAGUACGAAAGCAGGGUGGCGGCUUCAUACCCGGUAACAAGGGCAAGAAGAAGGAAGACGAGCCCGCACCAAAGCUCGAGAUCCCCAAGUUGGACUUUGGCCUAAGUCCUCCCGCCAUUGGCGAGGCAGCAGGGCAGGGUGAUAACUGGCUCUCGUAG